GGCACGAGCCGGGGCUCCCCGCCACCCGGGAUGACCGCAGCCAGCCGGGCCAACCCCUACAGCAUCGUGUCAUCGGAGGAGGACGGGCUGCACCUGGUCACCAUGUCGGGCGCUAACGGCUUCGGCAACGGCAAGGUGCACACGCGGCGCCGCUGCCGCAACCGCUUCGUCAAGAAAAACGGGCAGUGCAACAUCGAGUUCGCCAACAUGGACGAGAAGUCGCAGCGCUACCUGGCUGACAUGUUCACCACCUGCGUGGACAUCCGCUGGCGCUACAUGCUGCUUAUCUUCUCGCUGGCCUUCCUGGCCUCCUGGUUGCUAUUCGGGGUUAUCUUCUGGGUGAUCGCCGUGGCUCAUGGUGACCUGGAGCCGGCUGAGAGCCGGGGCCGCACCCCCUGUGUGCUGCAGGUGCACGGCUUCAUGGCGGCCUUCCUGUUCUCCAUCGAGACGCAGACCACCAUCGGCUACGGGCUGCGCUGCGUGACCGAGGAGUGCCCCGUGGCCGUCUUCAUGGUGGUGGCCCAGUCCAUCGUGGGCUGCAUCAUCGACUCCUUCAUGAUCGGCGCCAUCAUGGCCAAGAUGGCGCGCCCCAAGAAGCGGGCACAGACAUUGCUGUUCAGCCACAAUGCCGUGGUGGCAUUGCGCGACGGCAAGCUCUGCCUCAUGUGGCGCGUGGGCAACCUGCGCAAGAGUCACAUCGUGGAGGCCCACGUGCGCGCCCAGCUCAUCAAGCCCAGGGUCACCGAGGAGGGCGAGUACAUCCCGCUGGACCAGAUCGACAUCGACGUGGGCUUCGACAAGGGCCUUGAUCGCAUCUUCCUGGUCUCGCCCAUCACCAUCCUGCACGAGAUCGACGAGGCCAGCCCGUUGUUCGGCAUCAGCCGGCAGGACCUGGAGACGGACGACUUCGAGAUUGUCGUCAUCCUUGAGGGCAUGGUGGAGGCCACGGCCAUGACCACGCAGGCCCGCAGCUCCUACCUGGCCAAUGAGAUCCUGUGGGGCCACCGUUUUGAGCCGGUUCUCUUCGAGGAGAAAAACCAGUAUAAGAUCGACUAUGCGCACUUCCAUAAGACUUAUGAGGUGCCCUCCACGCCCCGCUGCAGCGCCAAGGACCUGGUCGAGAACAAGUUCCUGCUGCCCAGCGCCAGCUCCUUCUGCUACGAGAACGAGCUGGCCUUCCUAAACCGCGAUGAGGAUGAUGAGGGUGAUACGGGAGACCCGGUUGCCGCCGCUGCCGCCGCUGUCCCCGGCCGCAGCCCCCAGGCCAGGCACGACUUUGACAGGCUGCAGCCGGCUGGGACCCUGGAGCAGCGACCCUACAGACGGGAGUCAGAGAUCUGAGCCACUCCCGGGGCCUAGGUGCAGUGUCCGCUCCCGCCUUGCUGGGUUGUGGGGUGGGGAUAAGGGAGUGGCCCCAGUGGGCGGCUGCCCGCUGCCCACUGCCCCCAGGUUGGAGCAGACCGGGCAGGCUGCGGGCUCACAGACUCAGUAGCGUUGUAGUUGUCUCCAGUUUCUUUGCAAUAGCCUCAGGGGGUGGUCAGUGGGGACCGGAGAGUGGCGGU